AUGACGGAGCGACUUGGCCCGAACCGAGUCAAUGACUUGGGCAAGGCCAAUGGUCACACCAAUUCAAAUGCCAACACCAAUGGCACCGCCAACGGGAAUGGUACUGCCAGCGGCACUGGAAGCUCCGGCGGCACCGUCAAUGGCAAUGGCAAUGGCGCCGCCAGCAACGCCAACGGUAACGACAUCAAACUAGCGCAACGCAAAAAGAUGGAUCGCAAGAAGUCAAGUCCAAUGAUGCCAACAUUCAUGGUCUCUGCGCCGGGGAAGGUGAUUGUGACGGGAGAGCAUGCUGUUGUGCACGGCAAGGCUGCGAUAGCUGCGGCGAUUUCGCUGCGAUCGUAUCUUCUCGUCACCACGCUCUCCAAGUCGAAACGGACAGUGACGCUCACGUUCCCCGACAUUGAAUUCAACCAUGUGUGGAACAUCGACGAGCUGCCGUGGGAGAAGUUCUCGCACCCCUCCAAGAAGAAAUACUACUACGAUCUCGUCACGGCACUCGAUCCCGACCUGGUCGCCGCGAUACAGCCACUACUCGCCGAUCUCUCCCGCGACAAGCCCAGCGAGUUGCGUAAAGUGCACCAAAACACGGCGGGCUCGUUCCUGUACAUGUUCUUGUCCCUCGGGUCCCAGUCGUUUCCGGGGUGCCAAUACACGCUACGGUCCACCAUCCCGAUAGGGGCUGGGCUGGGUAGCAGCGCGACCAUUGCCGUCUGCAUGUCGGCGGCGCUCCUGCUGCAGCUAAGGACACUGUCGGGUCCGCAUCCCGACCAGCCCUCAGAGGAGGCACGUCUACAGAUAGAACGCAUCAACCGCUGGGCCUUUGUCUACGAGAUGUUCAUUCAUGGAAACCCGUCGGGUGUCGACAACACAGUGUCGACGCAGGGCAAGGCGGUCAUGUUUCAGAGAACCGACUACAAUAAGCCACCAUUAGUGCGUCCGCUUAUGGACUUCCCCACGCUGCCGCUGCUCCUAGUGGACACGAGGACGGCCAAGUCGACGUCAGCCCAGCUGGGCAAAGUGUCCAGUCUGAAUGAGGCGCAUCCGAAGUUGGUAGGAUGCAUCCUGGACGCCGUCGACAAGGUUACGCGCAGCGCGUCCGAGCUGCUGGACGCGGAUGACUUUGACACGGAGAACGAAGAGUGCCUGCGGCGGGUGGGCGAGCUUAUGACCAUCAACCACGGCCUGUUGGUGUCGCUCGGGGUGUCACAUCCUCGGCUGGAGCGGGUGCGCGAACUGGUGGAUCACGAGGGGAUUGGAUGGACAAAGCUCACGGGGGCCGGCGGCGGUGGUUGCUCGAUUACCUUGCUCCGGCCUGGGGUACCUCGGGAGAAGCUCGAACGUCUUGAGGCGCGGCUGGGCGAGGAAGGAUACCAGAAGUUUGAGACGACGGUAGGCGGCGACGGCGUCGGGGUUCUCUGGCCGGCCGUUCUGAAGAAUGGCAUGGACGAAGACGAAGAGGGCGGCAUGGAGAUUGACCUCGAAAAAUUCCUCAAGGCAGAGGGCAACGAAGGCGUCGAGCGACUGGUGGGCGUUCACGGUGGAGUGGGCGAGCGAGAAGGGUGGAAGUUCUGGAGAGUUGCGAGCUAG